GGGAACCUGAUGCGUUCAGUAGCCGAGAGAGAGAGAGAGUAUUAAUCCGUAACACUGCGCAGUUUAUGUGAGAGCGAAAAGUUUCGUGUGUAUUUUUUUUACGUUCUCGACGCGUAAAUCAUGUAGAAUAAACGCGCAGGUGCUGCAGCUGCGAUUUUAUAGCAGUAAAAAAUAAAAAAAAACCGCUCCGGUGAGUGACUGUGUUGAAUGCGACUUUAAAAGUACAGUUUGGAUAGAAAUUGUGCUAGGCGAUGUAGACGCGUUAAAACGUCCAGAACUGAAGUCCAUCAUGGAGGUCCGUCGAGCGCUCACGUGCGUGUUCAUCAGCGUGUUUCUGUGGACAGGAGACGCUCAGGACUCGGUACCUGAUUCAGUUUUAAACUGCUGCGAGGGCGACGUCCUUUUCCUCCUGGACUCCUCUGGUAGUGUGGCCUCCUACGAGUUCUUCCGUAUGGUGGACUUCCUCAAGGACCUCCUGCUUCCUUUCUCUUUGGAGCAGGAUCAGGUGAGGGUGGGACUGCUGCAGGUUGGGACCGAACCCCAUCUGGAGUUCAGCUUUGACACCUACAGCUCCCAGGACGGACUGCAGGCGGCCCUGGGGAGGACUAAACAGCUGAAGGGCGACACCAACACGGUGGACGCUCUACUGAUGGCUAGGAAUCAGGUUUUGAAGCAGGGCGUGCCGGGAGGUGCCAGAUCAGAUCUGCCAAGGGUUCUGGUUUGGCUCACGGAUGGAGUGAACCCCGGCGAGGUGCAGGAACCAAUGGCAAGGCUGCGGGAAGAGGGCGUGGCCAUAUUGGUGGUUUCCACUGGUCACGGGAACUAUCAGGUGCUGAGAGAGGCUGUGAGUCCACCCGCUGAGGAGCACCUGUUCUUUGUGGACAUUGAUGAUAUCAACAUCAUCAGCGAAGAAUUGAGGAACGCAAUUAUUGAGAUUAUCCGGGCCGAGAGGCUACAGGUCAAGUCGGUCACCAGCACUACUGCUCAGCUGGAAUGGAGGCCUGUGUUGGCUGGCACCGGCUACUAUGAUAUCCAGUUUGGUCCCAUCCAAACCGGGCAGACCACAGGGACGGGAGGUUCAAGCACCAGUCCUGGCACUGGUUUGGGUCCUUUUCAGAGGAUUAGGCGACCCGGAGAUGCCAGCUCGGCUAAUCUGUUUGGCCUGCGUCCAGACACCAAGUACACAGUCACGCUCACACCCAACACCAACCUGGAGUCACUCAACUCUCUCCAUGCCACCUUCACUACACUGCCAGUGGAGACUCUGUCGACAGUGAGCGUGUCAGAGUCCAGCACUAACAGUGUGCGUGUGAGCUGGGGUCCGCUGCUGCCUAACCUCAUCCAGGGGUACACGCUGGAGUAUUCAGCGCUUCCUACAGGACCGCUGCGGGUCGUCAGCGUCAGUAACAGACAGACCUCCACAGUCCUGACCGGCCUCCAGCCUGACACACAGUACCUGGUCACCGUGAGCGCGAGACAGGCCUCCGGCAGAGAGAGAGCCAUGACGGUUAAAGUCUGUACACAGGAGGUGUUGCCAGCUCUCUCAGAUCUGCAGCUGACCCCAGUGGGCAGUGAGUCAGUGCAGCUCCGCUGGAAGGGGAGAUACGAUGGUCUGCGUGGUUACUGGGUCACAUGGGAGCGAGGUCAGAGCCAGCGCUCCACCCUGUAUCUACCACCCAACCAGCUUUCCACCACCCUCAACCAUGUGCCCUCCAAUGCCCGUGUCUGCGUCUCUCCGGUGUACCAGACGGCCCGUGGGGAGGGACUCUGCUGCACUGCUUAAAUGGGCUCGGCUGCGUUGACCUGGAACUGUGGCGCACCGCUCUGCCAAACACGAAAGAUGGAGGGAUGAGCAACACCAAAAACUUCCCACAAAUGGACAGAUGGGAGGACAAGGGAGUCCAGGACACUGGAGCUGUUUGAAUAUUCAAUACCAUAGAUGGUGAUCUUUAAACACCCCAACACAACAUGCACUGAUACGCAAACCCCAAACCAUGCUUCUAAUAAAAGAGACUUAAAGAGUCUAAACUCAAAAGUGACCUUCUGAAGAAUCAGAGAAUCAAAGUUCAGUGCUAUUGACGGAUGAGACCUGUUGCCUGCUGUGCAUCACCGUAGAACAUUUUUGAGUUUAUAUCUCGCAAUUUAUAUCUUGAGUUCACAAUUCUUUUUUUCUCACAAUUGAGAUUAUAUCUCACAAUUUAGAAUUUCUUUUAUCAGAAUUCUGAGUUUACAUCGAUAUGGAAUAAAAAUAAAUAAUUGUUGUUUUUCCUUGCAAUUGCAAGAUUCCGUUACAAUUUGGACUUUGUUUCUCACAAAAAAAAAAAAAAAAAAAGAAGAAUUGCAUGAUAUAAACAGAACUGGGAGAUAUAAACUUACAAUGGUUUCCUCCACUGAUUUUUUGUUUUUAAUUGUGAGAAAAAAGGUCUGAAUUGUGAGAUAAAGUCACAAUUACCUUUUUUAUUCCAUGGCAGAAACAAGCUUCCAUACAUUUACAGUAAUGCACUUAUAAUAGAAGUCUAUGGGGCAAGACAUUAAACAGUCUAUUUUGAGAGAAAGUUACAGGGUUUACCGACUUUAUAUGCUCAUAAGAGAAAGACGGAUUAUUACUUUAACUAUAACAGACAAAAUUAGCAAUAUUAUCAUGUGGCUAUAUUAAAAACUGUGUUUUUUAACAUUUAUGUGCAGUUUCUUUAACCAAACACUUUCAAUUGAAGCCGUAAUUUUCCUUUAAAUAUCCAGAAUGUUUACGUAUUCGAUAUUUAAGUUUUUAUUAAGAGUUAUAUCGCCAAAGCAAUAGUUUGUAAAUAUCCUACUAAUGCUUUUUGAGUUAUAUUUAACAGAGAUAUAGUUGGUUACUGUAUAUUUGAGAUUUGUCUGUACAGUUUGAAAUGGGAACAAUGAGACAUUUUUGGGGGGAAUCUGAAUGACUUCCAUCACUGUUUUUUCUUUAAGGUCAAUGCAUAUAUUGUAACCGUGCUGGAGUUACACACGUUAUCAUAACUGCAGAUUUUGUCAGCCGUGAAACUCUGAAAACUGGCACGGAUCUUAAUCAUUGUGGCUAAAGUACUAAGACUUCGCAGAUGUUGCUCGCAGAUGUUUUGUGGUUCAAAAGGGCAGUGACUGGUUUGUUUGAAGAAGUGGCUCUUUCAGUGGGUCAAGUUUCUUGCUGUGCAUGCACACUGUUGCUUGUAUUUAUCAAUGUUUUUCUCUGUAGUUGUGUCUUAACAGGCAUAUGUUUGCAGACUGGAUCAAGUUCUUAAAAUAGUGUUUAGGGAUAGAUCAUUUCAUUCAUACAGUCUUUAAUAAUGGUUUUCAUCCCAUUUCAGGGUCAUUAUGUAAGAAUUUGUAGCUAUUCAAAAAAAUUCAGCAUCUGAUAUUUUGUUUGUUGCAACAUAAUAGCAAGUUGGGCUUUCUGCAUUAUGAAUAAGUGCUUGUUCAUUCCCAGCUUGGCUGCACAUCUUACACAUCACUGUUUUCACUGUUGUUUUUCAGUUAAUAAAGAAUAAAAAAGGAUCUAUUUCAA